AUGCUGUUGCUGCUGUUCUUUUAUAUUGAAGAAGACUACAGGCCAAGCCGGAGGGAAUUGGAGCGGCUGCAGAACGCCAGCAGAAGAGAAGCAGAAUACGAAAGGGAGUUCACGAGGCGCGAAGCGGCCUGGAAGAUUGAAGAGCAAAACCUCGCGGUGGACAGAGAGAAAGAACUUGUAGGGGAGAUGGAGAUAAGUGAAGAAGACAAAAGAAAGCUUAUCGAGGCGGACCUUCGAGGCGGUGCGAAACCCUAA